CGCUGCACAAUGCUGCCAUGCGCAGAUGCUCUCUCCGAGCCCUCAGGCUCUCGCACAGCAGCAUAAAAGCCGGCCCUGUGCCUCGCAUCCUCACACCCUUCUCCUGACACCUUCUCCUCUGUGCUUCUCCAGAGACCCUCCACCCCACAGCCAUGUCCUGCUCCGACCUCUGCCGCCCCUGCGGACCCACCCCGCUGGCUAACAGCUGCAACGAGCCCUGUGUCAGGCAGUGCCAGGACUCCCAGGUCGUCAUCCAGCCUCCCGCCGUGGUGGUCACCCUGCCGGGACCCAUCCUCAGCUCCUUCCCCCAGAACACCGCCGUCGGAUCCUCCUCAUCAGCUGCCGUGGGCAGCGAACUCAGCGCCCAGGGAGUGGCCAUCUCCUCCGGCGGCUUCGGCUUCGGAGGCCUGGGCUGCUUCAACGGCUGGAGAGCCCGCUACCCCUGCUAAGGGCCUGCGCCCACACCCUCACAGCAACCUCCUGCACCCUGCAAGGCGCCUCAUGCACUGAGCUCUCAUCUCCGUGUCACUGAUGGCAUAUGGGAUCAGAACCUCCUUAACCAUGGCUCUUCAUUCAUGAUAGGAAAAGGCAGGCAGGGAUGGAGGCCACACCACACUGCAUGUAUUCAGGCCCGUGACAAAUUUUAUCGUCUUCCACAUUCUUUUCUGCCUCCCUCUCUUUCUGUGGAAGGAGGCUGAUGGUCACAUCCCAUGUGCUUAAAUCCCUGGCCCUUUCUCUUGGCACUCCUUCCUUCUCAUUUGUGUUCCUCAAUAAAUUUCUCAUGCAUGCCA